AUGUCCUUCAGCCUGGACGACAACGGCAACCCCGACGAGCUCAACUUCGACAACGAUAGAGACGUCAAACUCCAGAAAGCAGCAGGCAGAACUAUCGAUCUUGUCGCCUACGCCGAAAAGACAGGAUUUUCGGCCGCCGAAACUGCCGGGAUGGUGCCGGCCGGUAGUGUAUUCGGUGACCUUGUCGCCAAUUGGUUGGGAGAGGUCAAGGAACUCGGCCAAAACAAGUUUCAAGCAAACAACCUGAUUCAUUAUGUCCAGCGGCAGUACCAGAAGAAAGUCGACGGCGCCUAUGACGCCCAGCUAGCAAUGGAUAUUCCGAAUUUCCGCGAAGCCGUACAAAAGGCCAAACAUCAUUUGCACAGGGGAUUGCAAGUCCAAGUUCUUGCGCUUAUACAUAUUAUCAAAACUUCACUUAAGAAGAGCCUCACCCACAUAUUCAAGCGCCAUGAGAGGGUAGGGGAGGUGAGGGAAAACAUCGAUGUCCUGUUCAGCAAGUGGGAUACUGCGAUGAACAUCAACUUGAGACUUGCCACUGGAGCUGGUAAUAAGGGUUCCCGAUCCAAUGGGGGGAUGGCCGGUCAGCUCUCCACGGAGAGUCCCAACAGUCCAAUGGAUCUCGCCCUGACACCAAUGAAUCAACCCUCCAUCGUCUACAAAGCAGCUGUGGGGGAGCUUGAUCCCCGUACGGAGUUUAAGGAGGGCAUGAAACUCCUGAACGACGUCCACGAACAUCGGCGACAAGUACAGGAGGGCUACGACACAAACCAGGCCGUCAACAAACGCUUGACGUUGGUGGGCGAGGCGGACGACGAGCGCGAACAGGAGGCAAUGGCUAUGCUGCACAAAGCCCCCUGGAAAGAAGAUUUCCAAUUGGCCGGCGCUACUGCUGUUGUCAAGAAGAAGCCUGCUGCCUCUUCCUCCAGCAAGCACGACGUUGGCUAG